AUCCCAGCAAAAUACACCCUACAUUCGACGGAUAGAAUUAGCCAGAGCCUGGCUAUUCUUCUACUUUUCUCGCAUGGAGAUAUUUUCCAAAGAAGCUACCUCUGUAACCUUACCUAACUUCAGACUUCGAACACUCUCCAUUCUAAUCUUUCUCCUUGCACUCGAAUGAAACUUUGCAUGCUCACCCUGAAAAGCCUCUUGCUAAAGCCAAGAUUAUAAAAUGUCACUUGUGUGCUCUUCAUCCUCAGCGGUUCCCACGUCAGUUAUUGCCCAUUUGAAAUUCCAGAGGGAGAUUUUAGGUCCUAGCUGCUUUAUUACUCGCUAUAAGUUUCCAUCUGUUACUACCAAGAAUAUUCAUUCAGUAUUUCAUACACCAUUUACUGUUCUGAGUUCUGUGAGAGAUUAUGCUGAAACUGGUUAUCAGCCAUUCACUGAGGAGACAAUGUCCUUUGAUUGGGAAGAUCUAGAGGAGAUUGAAGAUGCGGAUUCACCAUGGGAAGGCGCAGUUAUAUACAAGAGGAACCUAUCGGUUACACAUAUAGAAUACUGCACAACCUUGGAGAGGCUUGGGUUAGGGAAACUUUCAACUGAAAUCUCAAAAUCUAAGGCUUCAGUGAUGGGUUUGCUUGUUACAAAAGCUGUUAAAGACUAUCCUAAUGGGACGCCUGUUCUAGUCUCCAUUGACAUGACAAGGAAGAAGCAGAAAUUGAGGCUUGAUGGAAUUAUUCGAACUGUCAUUACACUUGGUUGCAACAGGUGCGGUGAGCCAGCUGCUGAGUGUGUUUUCUCCAACUUGUCGCUCCUACUUUGUGAGGAGCCCAUUGAAGAACUAGACAUUAUU